UCCAGUCACCUAUUUAAUAAAUGCCCACGCGCUUAAUAUUCAUUUAACCGUCCAUGGUUGCAACUGUACGUCGAGGAGCCUGGAGCUUUGGAAAUAUAAGAAGAUCGGAGUAUUUUUCUGAACAAACCCCCUCUGAAUCGCGUCAGCACCAAGGGAACCUAGUAAAAGGACUCAUGGCAUCGGACGUGAAAGAAAGUGAAGUGUUGCAGGGUGUAAGUAAUACAAGUUUGAACAAUAGCGACUCAGACUGUGUCACACCCAGCAGGACUGAUGGGGAUUUGGGAAACAGACAGACAACUAGUCUCUCGUCUUCCGGAGAGUCGAGAAUGGAGAGUGACCAGGAUUUACAGGGUAGCUCAGCCUCAGCGUUGGAAAAUCGCGAAAAAUCUCGUCGAGAAAAUGUGACCAAAACAAGAAGGACAACGCCAGGAAAAGUGCAAAAACAGUCUGGAGGAGGAAGCUCUGCCCCGGUUAGCCUUCCCAAGCCGCAUUCACCGCCAGAAGCAUCAGGAAGCAGCUUGGAGCGGCAAGAGUCAGUCGCCACUACAGAAGCUCGUCUGAGAAUGGAAGGAGUUGAGCUGAAGGAAGAGUGGCAAGAUGAAGACUUCCCAAGGCCCCUCCCAGAGGAAGAGGAGCUUGAUGAGUUUUUUUCUGGAACCUCUGAAGAGAGAGACCCUGGUUAUGGAGAGGACCAAAGCAAGAAGGCCAAGAAAAAACUGUCUGCUCCAGACAUGAGUUUGACUCUGGACCGCAGCGAAGGUUCUCUUCUCUCUGAUGAGCUGGAGGAAAUUACAGAUCUGGACCUGGAUGACAUGGAGACGCCUUCAGACAACAGCAAUGAGUUUGAAUGGGAAGAUGAUCUUCCUAAACCAAAAACCACAGAAAUACUACAGAAAACUGUCGAUUCAGUCCAGGAAUAUUCAGCCACAGAGGAGCGGGAAGAAGGACGACGAUGGAGGAUUUUCCGUUUUGGAGAUCAAGAUCACAGAGUGGACAUGAAGGCCAUUGAACCUUACAAGAAAGUCAUCAGCCAUGGGGGUUAUUACGGAGACGGUUUGAAUGCCAUCAUUGUGUUUGCUGUUUGCUUCAUGCCUGAGAGCGGUCAACCAAACUACAGAUACAUCAUGGAUAAUUUAUUCAAGUAUGUCAUUGGCACACUGGAGCUGCUGGUUGCUGAGAAUUACAUGAUUGUGUAUUUGAAUGGGGCAACAUCUCGGAAAAAGAUGCCAGCUGUUGGCUGGCUCAGAAAGUGCUACCAGCAGAUCGAUCGCAGGUUGCGGAAAAAUCUAAAAUCGCUGAUAAUUGUCCACCCCUCCUGGUUCAUUCGUACCCUGCUGGCACUCACAAAACCCUUCAUAAGCUCCAAGUUUUCUCAGAAAGUCAAGUAUGUGUACAGCUUGAAAGACCUUGCUGAGCUUGUCCCUAUGGAGUACGUGGCCAUACCGGAAUGUAUCAAACAUAGAAACAAAAUGCAGGAGAGGGUAUAAGCUGCUAAAUCUUCAGCAGUUGCUUGAAGAUGGAUGGGGAUACCCUCUGCACAAAUAAUGGUUGUCCUGGCAACAGAUUGUCCCACCUGAGCUGAGUCUUUACAGCUCCUCUAGUGCUACCAUGAGCCUCUUGGCCGCUUCUCUCAAUAUUGCUCUCCUUCUCCACAACUUUCUCCCUGACUUGUCUGAUGUGUUCGUUGAUCUUCAUGAUGCUGCUUGAUAACCACUAUAAAAUAAUCCAGCUGUAUUUAUACUGAGAUCAAAGUAGAUAAGACUGGUUCCGUUUCUGGUAAGUCCACUUGUGAAGGCAGGAAGGAUUUUAUUUGGCGUAAUACACAUGCAGAGCCAACCUUCGACUUUAUUUGUAAAAGAAAAUUAUGGAUUGUUUCCUUUCACUUAGAGCAACACAAAGUUGUAAUUUUUUAUCACAUAAAACUCAACAAAGUUUGUAUCAUUGAAUGGAAAAAAAAGUGGAAGAAGGCAGCUGCCAAUACAAAGUGUUGAAUUGCAUUUUGUUUGCUCGCUACUCAACCAGACACAUCAGCAUGUUCUAGUCGCUCAAAGGCGAUCUCCUACUGCUUCCAAAGUGUUGAAUUUCAGUUUCUUUUUGCUACACUGUUACAUUCCUCUUUGUAGUUAUUACUCACUUUUACAUUCUCCUCAGACUUGUAGAGUAAGACUGUCUACUUCAUUUUUUAAAUAUGUUGUAAGAUGUUAAAAAAAAAGAUGGCGCUAAGCUAUGAUUAAAAGCACUUUUAGCCUGCACCGUCGGUACACAG